AUGGCAACUAUUCCAACAGUUCCAGAGGAUGUGCAUUCUUUAGAGUCGCAAAGCUACUAUUCACCAAUUCCAGAAGCACUGAAAAAUGUUGCUCAGGGCGACCAUAUCAUACUAGGCGUUGAUGAAGCAGGUCGAGGCCCUGUUUUGGGACCAAUGGUAUACGGCGUUGCCUAUUGCACCAAAAGUUACCAAGAUUCAGUUGUUAAAAGUUAUGGUUUCGAUGAUUCAAAGAAACUCACUGAUCCCAUUCGGAGAAGAUUAUUCGAAAAGAUAUACAAUGGUGACAUCGACGGCAUCGGAUACGCAACAACUAGUAUAACGCCUUUUGAUAUAAGCACCGGUAUGCUGAGAUACCCACCUGAGCAAAACUACAACCUGAACGAACAAGCUCAUGACGUCACAAUUGGGCUCAUCCAAAAAGUUUUAGAUGCAGGUGUGAAUAUCUCACAUAUAUACGUAGACACCGUGGGUCCUCCCAUAACAUACCAAGACAAGCUCGAAAAGAGGUUUCCCGUUUGCAAGUUCACCGUCGCAAAGAAAGCGGAUUCCCUCUACCCGGUGGUAAGUGUAGCUAGUGUUAUUGCAAAAGUUACAAGAGACGUUUGGCUUGAGCAACUACGUACCAUCCCCGACGAAAUCCUUGGUUCUGGCUAUCCAGGCGAUCCAAAAACCGUCAAAUGGCUAAAUGAAAACAUAAGACCCCUCUUCGGAUGGAACCCUGAAAUCGUAAGGUUCUCUUGGCAAACCUGCCAGAAUAUCCUCGAAACUAACCCACAUGCCAUCAACAUCGAAUGGGAGGAAGAGAGCCUGAAAAAGAGAACCUACAAACUCAAACCUGCCUCUAUCGACCCUCAAAAAAAUUCACCAUCACAACCUGACGUUGGAAACAUUAUCUCAAUGGAUGCCUGGUUCGGCCAUUGA